CAGCGAGCUUGCACGCUCACAGUAUAGAAGGAACCGGGGCAGUGUAGAGUGACACUUGAAAUCGGUGGAACUCUUCUGUCUGCUCAGAAGUCGUCGGAGGGACGGAGGCAAGCGAGCGGCAAGGACUGGAGUGCUUGCUUUCAUCUCACACUUUUUUUGGACAUUUCAAGGUGGACAGGGUUGUCUUGCGAAGAAACUACAGUCUGUAACCUGAAGUAUCGCGGCUGCCAUUGUUCAGAUCUCCGUUACUUUAAAACGGACAAAUGCGAAUUCCCUUUUGAAAAAGAAAAUGCAAUCUGUAAAACGGGUUUUGCGAUACACCCUAGUUUGAUAUUAGUCCGGACUGUUUUGAACGGUGAAUGUAGUAUACACCGCGGGUGUAGACUGGCGACGAAGGGAGAAGCUGAUCAUCUUCACAGAACGAUUUAUUUUAUUUCAGUGUAUGGGACCGAAAUCAGAUAUUUGUGGAACUGUGAUGAACCUAAUAUUUUGAGCGGUGUUUUUUUCCGUGGGAUUGGUGCGGUUGUGGCCGCACACACACACUAACAACACUUUCACCAUCGGUAUUGCGAGCAGGACAAGCACAGGAUUACCGGAGUGGUAUUUACGAAGUGUGUUCGGAAACCAAGAAGCGGGGAGACUACGCUUCAAGGGCUUUAAUUGAAAAAAAAAAAAAAAGGUUACAAGCGAACCUCAGUAAUCCGUUGAACAUCUCGGCUAUGGCGGGUCCAAAUAAAUUUGAUCUUAUUUUUGGAGUUAUUUUACUUUUGCAAUCUCUUGGAAUUGUGUUUCAAGUAACCAGGGGAGAACUGACACAAGCAAAUGGGGUGCUGUACACACACCUUCCGGGAAUGCCUCGCUCGGAGGAGACCUCCCCAGUGGACGUGAAGCUCUACAGCAGCAGGUGGAAACGCUGGCUGUCGCUGCCGAAAUCAAAGGACAAUAACAGGGCCAGCCAGGACCAAGACCAGGACAGCAGCGACUCGGACCGCUUCCCUGGCCUGCUCUCUGACGAGGACAGCGACAACAGCUCUCAGAUCGAGGAAGACACGGAUCACAACUACUACACGUCGAAGACGUACGGGCCCGGCGACCCAGCGAGCAAGGACCUGUGGGUGAACAUCGACCAGAUGGACAAGGAGAAGGUUAAGAUCCACGGCAUCCUGUCCAACACUCAUCGACAGGCCGCGCGAGUGAAUCUGUCCUUUGAUUUCCCCUUUUAUGGGCAUUUCCUGCGGGAGAUCACCGUGGCAACUGGUGGGUUCAUCUACACUGGAGAUGUGGUCCACAGGAUGCUGACUGCCACUCAGUACAUCGCCCCCCUGAUGGCCAACUUUGACCCCAGCGUCUCUAGGAAUUCCACCGUUAUUUACUUUGACAAUGGCACUGCUCUAGUGGUCCAGUGGGAUCACGUUCACCUGCAGGACAGUUAUGACCUGGGGAGCUUCACCUUCCAGGCCACCCUGCACAGUGAUGGAAGGAUUGUCUUCGCCUACAAAGAGAUUCCUAUUUUGGUGACUGAGAUCAGCUCAGUCAAUCACCCUGUCAAGGUGGGACUCUCGGACGCUUUUGUGGUCGUUCACAGGAUCCAGCAGAUACCCAAUGUUCGGAGGAGAACGAUCUACGAGUACCAUCGCGUGGAGCUUCUGAAAACCAGAAUCACCAACUCCACAGCAGUGGAAAUGAUUCCCCUUCCCACGUGCCUCCAGUUUACUAGCUGUGGCCCCUGCAUUGCAUCUCAGAUUGGCUUCAACUGCAGCUGGUGCCACAGGCUGCAGAGGUGCUCGAGUGGCUUUGACCGCCAUCGCCAGGACUGGGUGGAUAACAGCUGUCCUGAUGAGACAAAGGACAAAACCUGUGACCUGGUAGUCAACACCACCCAGGUCUACUCUUACACAACACCGCCGACCCCCAGGACAACAGUUAGGAGCAGAACGACCACUGCCGAAAGCCUGGCCACCUCCACGUCCCACCUGCCCACCAGCAUUCCAACAGAAGACGACACCAAGAUUGCCCUGCACCUGAAGGACAAUGGAGCCUCGCCAGCCGACAGCGCUGCGGAGAAAAAGGAGGGCAGCCUGCACACCGGCCUCAUCGUGGGCAUCCUGAUGAUCAUGCUCAUCAUGGCCGCCGCCGUCCUCGUCACGGUCUACAUGUACCACCACCCGACGUCCGCCGCCAGCCUCUUCUUCAUCGAGAGACGCCCCAGCAGGUGGCCGGCCAUGAAGUUCCGCCGGGGAUCGGGACAUCCGGCCUAUGCGGAAGUGGAGCCAGUGGGACAAGAGAAGGAGGGCUUCAUCGUUUCAGAACAGUGCUGAGGGGCAUAUCUCUCUCUCUUUCUCUCUCCCUCCCUCUCUCUCUCUCUCUCUCUCUCUGCGUCUGUUUCCCAAGGACAGCGCACCAGUACUGGUUUACAGGUGUGGAAAUAUGUUGGGUGACGUUAUCUUCUUUUUUUGUUAUUGGUAAAAAAAAAACAGGUGUGAUUUAGCCUCUAACUGCUGAAGAAAAAAAGAAAAAAAAAAAAAAAACGUGGAUCCACCCUUGAGAGGGCGAGACCCUCCUGUACAGUAGUCUUCCUCAGUGAACGUGAAGAGUUUUUCUCCCGGUGUAAUCCCCUCCGAAAUGCUUUGGGAACCACAGAGGGAUAUCUACUGUCAGAGUGACUGUGCUAAGAGGAACUUUUCAGAGAAAGCCUGUGUCCUGGUCUUCAGAGAACACUUUUACUGUGAAUGGCCCACAGUGCAGUGCUGCAGCAGAGACCCACAACUCAAACCAAGGCACAUUCUGUUACAUACCGAGAGAAUGGGGAAAAAAAGCAGUGAUAUUGGGCUGUAAUGUUGUUGUUAAGGUGUAUAGCUUAACUGCCGUUAUUUCCUGCAUCUCUGCUGGCGUGAGGCUUGAAGGCGGGAAGAGGAAUAUGAUAUAUUUUUCAAAAUCACACUUUAUGUGA